AUGAAGUCCUUCACUCUCCUCGCCCUGGCCGCUGGUGCCUCGGCCACUGGCUUCAGCUUCAAGGAUUAUGGUAGCUUCAGCUGCCCUUCCAACACUGACAACCAAUGCACCGACAAGCAGCGCGGUGGUUUCUCUUGGGAUGAUCUCCCCACUGGUAGCUUCUCCAACUAUGGUGGCUUCAACUUCAAGGGCUGGACCUGCAAGGACAGCUUCGGCAAGCGUGAGGCUGGUCGCUUCGCUCCUCGCACUGGCAGCAAGGCCAUCAGCGGUGUCUGCGGCAGUGACGCCAGCUCCUCUCCUUCUUUCGGUUGCGAGUCCGGCAAGGACUCUGACAAGUUCUCCGUUGGUGAGAUUCACGUGAAGCCCGAGUUCUCUUGCGACCUCGAGUUCCACUAUGACAUGCCCGGCGGUGAGAAGUGCAAGCAGCGAUCUUCUUGCAGCGACAAGGGAUCCGUCGUCAAGAACGACCAGUGCGGUGGUGCCACCAGUGUCACCAUUGUCUACCCUUCUCAGACUGGCAAGCCUAAGCCGUCCUGCAGCGUCGAGGUUCCCACCAUCUCCUUCUCUUGCGGAUCUGCUUCCACCACCAAGCCCCCCAAGACUACCACCACUACUUCUCCUGCUGAGGUUACUACCACUUCUGCUGAGGAGGUGACCACAACAUCGCCGGCCGAGACCACCACAGUAGAGACUUCCCCUGCUGAGUCCACCACUGCCGUUGAGACUACAUCCGCUGUCGAGACCACAUCUGCCGAGUCUACUACUGCCGAGGAGACCACCUCCUACGCCGUCGAGACCACCACCACUGCUGAGGCUGAGACUACCUCUGCUCCUGCUGCCACCACCUCUGUUAUCUUCGCCAACAGCACCACCAGCGCCGAGGUCGAGACCACCAGCUCUGCUGCUGUCGAGUCUACCACCUCAUCCACCGAGGUCCUGACCACCUCCACUAUUUUCAGCACCGUUGUUUCCACCAUCACGAGCUGCGCUCCUACUGUCACCAACUGCCCGGCCCACUCAACCCACGUCACGACUGUGCUGGUGCCCGUUUCCACCACCAUCUGCCCCGUCACCGAGACUGAGACCAAGGCCAGCGCCACUGCCACUGAGACCUCUCCUGCUGGUCCCACCGAGACUUUGCCCUGCCCCACUGUUGUGCCCAAGUGCUUGAACACCUGGAUCUUCUCCACUGGCUGCUCUGACAACACUGAUGCUUCUUGCUACUGCCCCGAUGAGAUCUUCGUCAAGAACAUCUUCUCCUGCCUGUACUCAUAUGGUGAGACCGACACCAUCGUCUCUGAGGCCGUCAUCUUCUUCCAGGGUAUCUGCGCUCCUUACAUCCCUGGCAACCCGGCCAUUGCCACUGGUGCUGAGACUGUGACUACUUACAUCACUGUUGCUCCCACUUCUGUGCCCAGCGCCGUCUACACGACCGUCACUGUCGAGCAGACCACUGUUGUUCCUUGCACCAACUCUGCUGGCGAGACCAUCCCCAGCUCCAGCUCCACCGUUGUUGUCAGCACCACCCUCACUGUGCCCCAGGUUGGCUUCACCACUGCCCCCAGCGGCGGUGUUGGCGUCGUUCCUGUCACCAGCUACACUCCUGUUGCCACCAGCCCGGCUGAGACCGGCGCUGUCACAGAGACUGGCUUCACCACUGCUGCUCCCGUCAGCAGCGGUGUCGCUACUGGCACUGGUUUCUUCACCCCCACACCGACACCUUCCCAGGUCGUCGUCAGCGGUGGCGACAAGAUCACUGGCUUCGGCCUGGCUGGUCUCGCCGUCAUGGCUCUCGUUGCUGCUCUGUAG